AUGGACCUCUUCUCUCCCGCCUGCGAGAACUUCGGCCUGUUCAUCAACACGGAGAAGACGGUGGUCAUGCAUCAACCGCCACCGAACACAACCACUCCUCACAAUGCGCUACAGAUCAGUGUGAACGGAACCCAACUGCAAGUGGUGGACAACUUCCCGUACCUCCUCAGUGCCCUCUGCCGCAGCAUGAAAAUCGACGAUGAAGUCGCCCGCCGGAUUUCGAAGGCCAGUCAAGGCUUCGGCCGCCUUCAAACCACAGUCUGGAAUCGCCACGGUCUCCAGCUCAGCACAAAGCUGAAGAUGUACACGGCUGUCAUUCUCCCCAGGCUGCUGUACGAAGCGGAGACUUGGACGGUGUACACGAAGCAGGCACGUCGACUCAACCACUUUCACCUCAUUUGUCUUCGUCGCGUCCUGAGGCUGAACUGGCAGGAUCGAAUCCCCGACACGGAUGUACUGGAACGGACGGGAAUCCUCCGCAUCUACACUAUGCUGAGACAACUGCAGCUGCGUUCUAGCGGCCAUCUCGUGCGGAUAAAGGACGAGCGGCUACCCAAACAACUUUUAUAUGGGGAUGUCGCCACGGGUUCUCGCCGCCAAGGAGGCCGAAGCCGCCGCUAAAGGGUACUCUGAAGUCCUCCCUGAAACAUCUGCAAAUUACUCCGACCAACUGGGAAGAUCUCGCUCUCUCGCGACCGACCUGGAGAAGAACAGUGAAGACGGGUGCUGCGAGCUACGAAGCCAACCGCAUCGCCGUCGCCAAAGUCAAACGCGAAGCACGCAAAUAACAGCUGCGCCCACUUCGUAACGCCAACGCACAACCGCUUCCAACUUGUACUCGGUGUCAACGGGCAUUCCGGGAACGAAUCGGACUCGUUGGACACCUUCGGAUCAACUGCGCCAUUCGAACCGCAUCAACCGUCGUACUUCCCUCCGCUUCUUCCUCGUCCCCUCCGCCGCCAACUAACUCUGACUGCCCAUCUAAACCACCAUUUCCAUCCUCCACCUCCUCUUCCUCAUCCUCCUUCGCUGCUCCAUCGCCUGCCGCCAGGGCGUCUGUCACGCACAUCAACACUGCACACAAUCUCGACGCAUCCUCAAACACCAACACCAUUAUCGUCGACACCAGAGGUGAGGACCAGAACUACACCUGUCCUCACUGCGACCGCACCUUAACAUCACACAUCGGCCUGACCGGUCACUUGCGAAUCCAUCGCACAGAGACUGAUGAACUAGUGCCUGAAGCACCAACCUACAUCCGCCACACCCCUCUCCACUUCCCGCACUGCACCCGCACAUUCCCGUACCGCAUGGGCCUAUUCGGCCACAUGCGCAUCCACGAGAGCGGAUUUGACCGUAAUCUCGACACGCCCACCACAUCUAACACGUCCCCUACGCCCAUCCCCACCCUCGCUGCAUCGUCUUGUGCGUCCGUCACCACCACCAUCCCCAUCUCCACAAAUGACACCGACACCACCGACCUCUCAUGCCCACACUGCCCCCGCAAAUUCACCUCGCACAUCGGCCUGGUCGGUCACUUGCGAAUCCAUCGUACGGAGACUGGCGAGCCAGUGUCUGAUGCCCCAACGUGCACCCGCCGCACCUGCCUUCACUGUCCACGCUGCUCCUGCACAUUCAUGCAACGCAUGGGUCUAUUCGGCCACAUGCGCAUCCACGAAAGCCUGCGGUAG